AUGUCACAAUCACUUAACAGUUUAGUAUCUUUAUUAGCUAAUGCCCAGUGCCACCUUAGAACCAGUACCAAUUUGGACGGUAACUACACUCAAUCCAAUUCAGUUUUAAAUUUUCAGAAUAGCAAAGAUGCUAGAUUCGAUGGCUCAGAAGCCUGGUGUGCCUCAGUUAUUGAUACCAAUCAAUAUAUUGUAGCUGGUUGUGAAAUCCCAAGAACAUUUGUUGCCGUUUCAAUUCAAGGUCGUGGUGAUGCUGACCAAUGGGUUACCUCAUACAAAAUUAGAUACAGCUUGGAUAAUAUAACUUGGAGCGAAUAUAGAAAUGGAGCUGCUAUUCAAGGUAGUAGUGACCGUAAUUCGAUUAAUACUCAUUUCUUUGAUAACCCAAUCAGAGCUCGUUCAGUUGCCAUUCACCCAGUUACCUGGAACAACCACAUUUCAUUAAGAUUUGAACUCUACACCCAACCAUCCCUUUACACCUUCACCCAAAUUGGCCAUGUUGACACUGGUGCAAAUGGGGUCUUAAACUCUGGUACUGGUGGUCGUGAAAUAGUUGUCCCAGUUACUUUCCCAGUUGCUUUCAGCAAAAUCCCAGAAAUUGCCAUUUCUAUAGACUUAAUAGAUUCAACUGCUGAUGAAACUAACCAAACCCGUAUUCUAGUUGAAACAAGAAACAUCACCACUAAAUCAUUCGAAUGUGUUUUCAAGACUUGGCAUAACUCAAAGAUUUAUGGUCUCAGAGGUGACUGGACUGCUACCAUCAACGAAUAA